AAUUCAAAUUUCUUUAAAAAAAAAAAAAAAGAGAAAAAAAUCAUUUAAGAUGUUAGAAAAAUGAACGAUUAUAAUCGAACGAGACAAGGCAUGUUCCUUAAAACACCUACGAACGGAUAUCUCUCUCGUAAAUUGUGUGUUUACUUAGACAGUGGCUACUUCGACAACCGUAGAGAGUUAUAUUUAUCAACAACGGUGCAUACUGGCGCGAAUCCUAAUAUUUAAUAUUAUUUACGGCGCAACUGUAAAAAGAAUUAAAAAGAAACAAAAAAAAAAGAAAAAAUAAGAAAAGAUUUUCAGCCACGCCAACAUUAUUUGUAUUGGCAUGAAAACUUUGCUUGUACGAUUGUCUGGUACGUGACAUAAUUUGCAUCUUGUAUCACAUAUCCGCCAUUCAAGAAAAUACUUGUGUCGUAUCAGCUCUUAUUCAUUCAUCGUCAAUAAUUUAAUAUUUUUUUUGUAUCAUUCAAAUGAUAUCUAUAUAAAUUUAUUUCUCAUUUAUUUGAUUUAUUUAUAAAGUUAUUUCAAGAAAGGAAUGUAAAUUGACAUCUUUAUUAAGUUCUUAUAAAUGUUACUUGGAAAAACGUAUUCUUCUUCUAAGGAUCUAUUUAGUCAAUAAAUAAAUGCUAGAUUACAUUUUAAGACAAACGAUGUCGUUACAAAGAGACAUAUAUGUAAGUAAGAAGGUAUGUCUUUGGCGCAAAGACCUAGGCCUAGUUCUUUCUGGUUUUAACCGAUUUCACUUCUUCGAGCUACGAGACUAUUUCUAGAUAAUUCUAUAUAGAUCUACUUGUAAAUCGUCUGUUAAACGACAAAUUUCAUUGUUGUUUCUUUAUCUUCAAGCAAUGGUCAUUCGCAUCAGAUAUGAUCGUAGCUCAUUUAAAUCUUUCCAAGAUGUCUAGUUGUCUCGAAAUUCGAUAUUAGUGAAUUUCAACACACGAAGGAAUGAGACCUGUUAACGCAAAUAGAAUUUAUUUUAUAAUAAGAUGAGAGGAUUAAUUGCAAAAACGUUUAUACCAAAUUAUUACGAGAAUUAUUUAGCUUUCAUUUUGUUGAAAUGUGGUAUCUCUGUUCUCAUUCUAACAAUCUUUUUUAAUGUGCAGGAUGUACCGUCUGUGGUCAUAGCAUGAUUACUACACGAUAUAUUUUCGAUGUUUCGAGAAAAUGCGAUACAUUUGCAAAUGAUAAAGGGUAGCCUAUCGUUGCGAUUUAAUUACGAUAAAAUGGCAGAACUGUAUAUUACUUUAUUAAUAGUUAGCACCGAAAUAUUCUUGUGCAUUAUACUCAAUUAUAAUGAUCAUCGAUUAUUAUGGUUGAACUCCUAACAGUGUAAAUGUCAAAAUCUCAAAAUACCAAAUAGUUAAAGUUUAAGUAUAAUCGUAAAGGGGUAUGAAUAACUAUACGCAAAAUAAAGGGGAGUAUUUGAUCGUGAGUAGACGAGAUUUUUCUAAAUGGAUAAAAAAUGACCGUCUCUUAUCAAUACGAGGUUGCCAGCUCCACGAGCGGUGGAUUUACCAGACUUUUGCUUAUGUGGAGGGGUUCCCUCUACAAACUUAUUUACAGAGAACUUCUACUUUUUUUGAUUAUGUUUGCAUCGCUAUCGGCUAUUUAUCGUUAUGCAUUGAUCGAUGCACAAAAAAGGGAAUUUGAGAAAUUCGUAAUUUAUUGCGACACAUUCAUCAAUCUGAUUCCACUUAGUUUCGUACUAGGAUUUUACGUGUCUCACGUAGCUGACAGAUGGUGGAAACAAUACAACGCGAUACCUUGGCCAGAUAAGGUUAUGCAUCUAGUUGCGCUUUACAUUAGCGGAGAUGAUGAAUAUGGUCGAAUGUUGCGGAGAAGUCUCAUGAGAUAUUUAAAUCUUUCUCUCAUACUUGUAUUACGUUCCAUUAGUUCGGCUGUUAAAAGACGCUUUCCAACUCUUGAUCACGUGGUAGAUUCCGGUUUCAUGACUGCUUUGGAAUUGGAUUUAUUCCAAUCGGUACCAAGUCUCGAAUUCAAUACUUACUGGAUUCCGUGUACGUGGUUUAUUAAUCUGUUAAAGGAAGCACGUCGUAAUCAUCGAUUGCCCGAUGCCCAAGGUUUAAAACUUAUUAUGGAGGAAUUCAAUGAUUUUCGUUCCAAAUGUGGACUUUUAUGGAGUUACGAUUGGGUUUCCAUCCCUUUAGUUUACACGCAAGUUGUGACACUUGCAACGUACAGUUUCUUUGCCGUUGCACUUGUCGGUCGUCAACAUAUUGAGGGAAAUGAAAAACAGUUUCAAUUAAAAAUUGACAAGUAUUGUCCUAUAUUUACGAUACUGCAAUUUUUUUUCUUCAUGGGUUUAUUAAAGGUAGCUGAACAAUUGAUUAAUCCAUUCGGCGACGAUGAUGAGGAUUUCGAAUUGAAUUGGCUUAUCGAUCGCCAUGUCAAGGUGUCAUAUUUGGGAGUAGACACUUUAAUGAAUCGGUGUCCGCCUCUGGUAAAAGACAUGUACUUUGAUGCAGAAAAUCUUAUUUUACCAUACACCGAAGCAGCAGCAGCGUACAAGAGGAAGACCUAUCGUGGCAGCGUAGCAGAUAUGCCGGUGCCAGAAGAAAAGCAAACAAUGUUCUUACCAGGAAUAGCAGAAGAAGAUGAAGAACAUAGAGGCACACCACGUACAUCCAGCGCUAGUUUAGCGAUACGCACUGAUAGCCCAAUGACUGAAAAGCGCCAGAUCAGCGGGUCCCCUCAAACAACUCCACCGAUGGAUCGUAGUGAUAGUGAAACGGUUUUUCAGUUAGAUAAUCAAGAACAACAAUCACAACAAGGGGAAAUUGAGCAAGGUGAUCCACAACGUCGGCGCUUGACCGGUGCUAUAAAAAAAUUUUCAACAAUGGCUAGACAUGGAACUCCACGAAUCGAUUCGAAUCGAAAGCCUUUCUUUCCAUUAACAAAGGCUUCGAAGAUAUGGUUGCAACCUUGGCCGAGUGCUACUAAUUUAUCACGAACAAACAGUCCUCGAGGUCCCGAUACACCCGCGGUAUUUAAUGCACCGCAAAUAUUAUGCGUUCCACCAGUUUCGGAUUUUUCAUACAACACCGAUGAAUCUAAGGAUCAAGAAAAUCGCAGAGGAUUUUCCAAUACUGCUUUUUAUCAUGAAAAUGUUGAUGACCGGUAUAUCGAGGACCAAGACAAUGAUACCGCGGAAAAUGUAAAAGACGUUGAUCGAUUCGAACGAUUUGUUUCAACGGAUACUGCAGAAUCUUCGGAUUCACAAAUAGAAGAAAUAAACCUACCAAAUUUCAGAGAAACCAUUGAAAGUUAUCCUAAGCAUCUUCUUCAAAGACAUUCUUCAAGUGGGUCCAGUGACAAGAAGGGUGUUCACUGGAAAAUGCACGAAAGAAGACCGUCAUUGUUGGCUCGUCGGAAAACCGUCUGUAAUGUGCCAACUUCUCUGCAUAUCAUUAUACCUCAAGCAAGGAGUUCACCGAACUUAACUAAUAUAGAAGUUGAAGUGAAACAACCGGAUAAAUUCGACCCUUCAGAUGGAUCGGAACAAGAUUCCAAACUUUAAACAAUUGCAUAUAUUACAUUUCUAUCUUGACUGGUUGUUCUUUUUCCAUAAUUAUAUACCUUCUGCACUAUCUCGUUACUGAUUUUAAAUAAGCUGAGCAUUAAUAUUAAUCUCUCUUCUUCUAGCAUUUUUAUUUGUCUGUUACUUCAUGUUAAAUAUUAGUUGAAAUGAAAUGAUUACCUUUAUCUAUUUAUUUUU